GCCACUCCCCACCUCGUGCCACAAACUCUUGUCGGCUUGUCAGCUGCACGCGACGCUCCCUAUCCAGCUCAAUUUGUUAUCUUGCGUGGGGAAAAAAACAAUACGACCAGUCGACAACAAACGGACGGUUAUUAUCCUGAUUUUUGGACUCGAAAGUGCGGGAUUUCCCUCGUUUGGAACGUGGCAAGUAGUGCGUGUGUUUUCGGUUGGCGCCCUUUUGUCGACUCCUACAAAGUGAAUGGCCUAAGCAGAGCAAGCAAUGAACUGGGCUGAGGAGGACUGGAUGGUGGGUCUGUCAGGACGGGUUCUGCAAAAGGUGAAAGAACUUCAGGCCCACCAGGAUCGUCUGUGCAGAGAGAACAAGCAAAAGCAGCUACAACUGGAUAACAUCCACAUCAGCCAUGACAAGCAAAGUCUGAAGUACGAGGAGGUGCGUGGCGAGCUCCAGGCUGUGCGCAAGGAGCUUCAGAGCGUCCGGGAGGAGGCCCAUCUAGCUGUGAAUGGCAAGCAGCGCCUAACCCAGGAGCUUCAGACCAAGCAAGCCCAAGUGUGCUCUUUGGAGGGCCAGCUCGAUGCCGCUCGGACCCUUAGCAACAAACUCUCACUGGAAGUCAAAAGACUGGAAGCAGAACUAGAGAAGCUCCAGAAUGGCAGCCGGUCUGUAGACAACACUCCUUUCUCCACACCCAGCUGGAGUCCGACCUCGUCGUGGAAACACAACGGGAGCCGAAAGGAUGAGAGGACUUUGCAGCGAGAGGAAUCGCAUAGCUCACCCCACAUCCAGCAGAAGCUCCGGUUCUCCGACUCUUCCGCUGACUCGUCGCCCCGGCAACCAAAGACCCCGCCCCGCAGCAACCCGUCCGACCAAUCGGACUCUCUUUUCACUACCUUGGCUGUGUUUCCGUGGGAGCGGGACGACCCCAAGCCAGCGGCCCGGAGAGCCUCUCCGUCUUCUCCCCAGACGCCUGCUGUCGACAUCCAGUCAAAGCGGGAGGUGCCUGAGAGGGAGAAGGAACUCUGCACACAAGCAGACACGACUUUGUCACAAAUGCGGUGUCAAAUGGCGUCUCUAAAGGACGAGCUGAGCUUGAAGGCCACAACGCUUAAGUCGCUUCAAGACGAAGUGGCGCAGGGCAAGAAGAAGAUGGCCGCCACGGAGAUCAGUCUGCAGAGAGCACACAACGAGCUUAGCGUCGCGCACACACGUAUCAGUCAGGAGAGCGAGCGGGCCUCUGGAGCAGAGCAUAAGCUCAAGCAGCUUCAAGAGGAGCUCAAGUGUCAACGGCAAAAUGCUGAAAGCAGUCGACUGCAGCACCAACAGCGAACUAAGGAGUUGGACAAGCAACAUCAGAGGGAUCUUAAAGAGCUGCAAAAGGAGAAGCAGUGCAUGGAAAAGCAGCAUCAACAGGAAGUCAAUAAACUCAACCAGGAGCUGCAGCAGGCCAGGACGCUUCACAAUGCCAUGCAGGCACAAGCUGACAAGCUAUCUCAGCAGAAGCAAGCACUGGAGAAAGAGUUGGAAUCGUUGAAAGAGAAAGUCAAAUUCACAGAGGGGCAGCUUCAGGAGAGUCAAAAAAAUGAGACUCAGUUACAAGCAAAACUGAAGGAGGUGAUGCUUGAUGCAGAGGGCGUGGCACUCAGUCUGGAGCAGAGCAAGAAAAGAACACGAGUUUUGGAGGAAGAGGCGAGCAGACUGGUGCAAGAGCAGGCGGAUACACUUCGUCUUCUCAAAGAAAUACAAGAACUAAAAACUGCAAGUUCCACGGAACUUGUCCCGACUCAGCCUAUUGGACAAAGCUUUGGAUCGCAACCCACCUCUCAUCAAGCUCAGCCGUCCACUUACACCAAGAGUCCCCCCACCUGCCGAGCUGAGCCGAAAGGGCUGAGUCAAGAGGAAGAGUCCCUGCAGAGGGCAGAAAUAUCCAUAUCUUACCCACCAGACAGAGAGCCCGGCGAAGGCAUUGAUUCUGAGCACAUAACGUCAGACACUGAGGGUUCCCACCUAGGGAAAAACUAUGUGGAGAAGGAUUCUUACGCAUCCGAGAAUUCCCCCGCCGAGUUGGAGAAUGGCAUAAUAAUUCCCAAGUCUGACAAGACAAUCUGCAUCGAUGAGCUCCAUAAAGAGAACGCCGCAUUGCGUUCGGAGCUGCGCGAUGUGCGCGAAGAACUCCACAAACGACUGGACGACCUGGAAAUCCAGCGACGUUCCGAAGCGGAGGCCAGGACUCGUCUGAAGCAGCUCAGCCGCAAACACGCUAAUCAGGGCACUGAGAAAGAGGAGCAGGACAAGCAGUGGAAGGCUCAGUUGGAGAGGGAGAAGACCGAGAAUGACAGGUUGAGGAAGAAUCUGAAAGAUUUGGAGGGAAGGGAAGAUCAGGAUGGGAUAAAGCAGGCACAAGAGGACCGGGAGAUGGAAAUGAUGCAACUCAACAUGCAGCUGAAGAAGCAACUUGGAGAAGUGAAAGUCCAACUGGCUUUAGAACAAGAAGGGAGAGAGCGAGAAAAAGAGGAGCUGACUAAAAUUACAGUCGCUGAGAAAGAGGGGAAGAAAGAACUGAGCGUCCAACUCGAGGAACUUAGAGCUCAGUUUGCCGAACUGAAGAGCGACAGAGCCCAAGAGUCUCUAGCCGAAGAGAAACUUGUUACCAACGGUCCGUUGACAUACAUGACACUCCACAGUGACCAGCUGAACUCCAACAUCUCAGAUAAUGUCCUCUUCUGCCAAUCCACCAACCAGCACAAAACUCUGGGUUCCCUACACCUGUCACAUGAGGGGCAAAUGGUUUCUGACUUGAGUGACACCACAUCAACAGAGUGCAUGUCCUCAAAACUUAUCGAGGAAAUUGAACACCUGAGGAGAGAAAAUGCACAGGAGACAGAACGGGCAGACCAGCUCCAAAUUAAACUGACUGCCCUUCAAAACCAGUUGACCAGUCAGACCACGCAGUUGACGGCGGGCUUUGAGAAGCAGAGCAAGUACAUCUCAGGACUUCUUGCUGAACUGCAGGAGAAGGACGGCGUCCUCCUCAGUCAGGGAGAGGAACUGCGGCGCUGUUUACAAGCGCUAGAUAUGCUCAAGGACGAGAACGGAAAGAGAAACACUUGCAAAGUGCAGAACGAAGACCAAACAGAGGAUUGUCUUGACUCGAUGGGUUGCCCAGAGCCACGAUCAAAUUUUUCCUCGCAAAAAGAUUUGAUUCAACAAAAACACUUCGAUCAAACUAAUCAAAAAUCAUUGACGGUUGUGCCCGGAGUCACUCUCCAGCAUGAAAAUCAAUUUCUCAAACAAAGCUUGGAGACUUACAGCCUCUCAGAUACAUGCAAAGUGAUGCCAAAGCAACUCUCAACAGAAACCGAUUUGCUUCAUGAUAUCACUGCUGAGAAGGGAGGAACUGAUGAUGACAUCAUCAGGCACCUGCAGACACAGGUGGUGGCACUGCAGAGGGAGCGAGAGGAGCUCACUAAGGUGGCCCAGCAGCAAGCUGAGGAAUUGAGUGUCUGGCGCUUGGCUUCUCAGUCUACUUCCACUUUAAAUCAGGUCCUUCCUGACCAAGGCCAGCAGUCUGAAACACAAGCGCAGCCCAAUACUGAGGACCAUUAUGCGGCGCUAGUGAUCAGAGAAGAUGAGGUGUUGCUCUCUUGCACCUCCAACAGGCUGCAAGGUCACAUGCUCUCUACCAGCGUGCAGCAGAUCAACCUGUCUGAGACGAGCGUCCACCAUCGCAAGCCAUCAGAUGAGGAAAGCCAGCUCUCAGAAAUGUGUUCAAGCCUAGCCAAAGCCUAUGAUCAUCAAACGGGUCAAGAACACAUCAGCAGCCGGAAAGCGACCCAACACCUGAGCCAAAGAGCCGACUCCUCUGCCCCAAGUGUCAGCACUCAAACGGAGGAUCAGUCAUGCCCCGCUGGCACCGAGGCGGCACCCAACCGCUGCUGUGCGCACACGCAGACUGACACCAAGGUCGAGGAGGACGAAUUAGACAACUCUUCCGCUCACGGAGAGAAAGCCGCGCCAUCUGCGGUGCGAGAGACUGGAGACAAAAUGAUCUUUUCCACUUCCUUCCCCAUCCCGGCCGACCCGGUGCGUUUGGCGGAACGGAUACGACGAAACAGGACGCAGCUGUCGGCGGCGUUUGACGACACUGAAUAUGAACCCUACGGUCUCCCGGAAGUUGUCAUGAAAGGUUUUGCAGACAUCCCCACUGGGCCCUCUUGCCCCUAUAUUGUGAGGCGGGGCUUGUUAGGGACCGCCGUGGUCCCCGUCAUCCAGAAGGAGGCCAACCCGGAGGACGAGACUGACUGAUGGACAACCACAGAUUCGACUUUAACCGACUUGGUGGUCUGGUGAUUUCCAGAACUGUCUCAUGGUCAUAUGUGUACACAGUGGUGGACAACACGGACUUGAACUCCUCCACGCACCUGAACUUUCGAUAAUCGCCACAUUAGCCGCUAACAACUUCACGUCAAAGCAUGACUUGUUUAGUAAAGCGCCCCAAGUCGUUAACUGAUGAUUUGUUGCUAUUUCCAAACCACAACUCCCUUUUUUUUUUCCAAAGAGACUAUUUAUACUUGAUGGUGGAGCCUUGCUGGAGCAGUGACUUUUUUUUUCUCAGAAGGAGAUAACUUUGUGUUUUCUUUUAGUUGUGAUUUGUGACAUUUCUGCAGUUGCUUUUCUUAUGUAGUUAAUUUAUGGACCCAUGAAUGUGAUUAAGUGAAUGGCAGGUGUUGAGAUGAACGCCUUAUGUGAAAGUAUAGUGUGUGUUUAAGAGGCUAGCUAUGUUUUGAAACACGUCUUCUUGUGAGUAGUGUAUGUGUGUGCUAGUCAGAGAGGGUCGGUGGCUAACCUGCGUCACUUUCCGCUCCUUGUAUGGUGAUGUACAGCGAGCCAGCUCUCCUCUGGUGUUCGCUUUUGAUGCACUUGCCGAUCGGACAUGUUGUUACAGAAAGCUAACGUUGUUUUACUAGCACAAGCUGCUUAAUAUAACCAGUCAGAUAAGUUGUGUUGGAAAGCUUCAUACUUUAUUCAAGUUUCUUUAAGCUUGACUUCUUAAAGUCUUCAAUGUAUCUAAGCUUAAAAAAGGGAUUUUUUUCCACUCCUAUUUAUAUUUAGAUUUGGAAAUGUAGAAAGGACUGUUAAACAUAACACACGAUUCCCUUUCUUGUCACAGGGAUGUGUAGUCUUUUGUCAGUGAUUGUGAACAAAUGUCUGUUUGUGUAUUUUGUAUACUCCUAAUGUGAAUGUACUUCAUAUUAAAAGUUUCAACAUCC